GUUACACCCUCAGGCAGGUUCGAGUUCAGCUACGCUGUCAAACCUCCGCAGUAUCUGACGCUUCUGCGGGGAUCACGAAACACAGCAUAAAACAUCCUGCACAGCCGAUCACAUCCACUAACACCCAGCCUGACAGCAGCAUGUGAAUGGCAUUGGCGUUUGCGGGGAAGUCACGCUCAGUCACCGCGAUGGCCAAGGGUGAGAGAGCAAUGGAGAGCUCCACGGCCGGGAUCUUCAAAAACCCUGACUCACUCCUCAGCAAAGUCCAGCACCAGGUGAGCCCUGAUCAGCGACUGUCAGUGUUUAGCAAGCUGUGUUUUGCCAUUGGAGGGGCUCCCAUCCAAAUAGCUGGGAGCGCCACGGGAUUCUUCCUGCAGAUCUACCUGCUGGAUGUUGCCCAGAUUAGCCCCUUCCAGGCCUCCGUGGUGCUGUUCGUUGGGAAGGUGUGGGGUGCUGUGUCUGAUCCAGUCAUCGGCUUUUUCAUCAGCAAGAGCAGAUGGACAAAGAUUGGAAGACUUAUGCCUUGGUAUGUGCUCCCCGAUCCAGAAGGUUCUAAUGAUAGACCUAAAGCAGGGAUAAUCGCUGAGCACCAUGUUCUGUGCUUCCCCCCCCCCAAGCAGAAGGAGCUGUACAUGAUCGCCGCCGGCGUGAUAGCUGCACUCUUUCUCCUGUGCACCGUGGUGAUGUUACUCGGAGUUAAAGAGAAAGAAGAUCCGUACGCACUGGGCACGGAGAAGCCCAUCCCUUUCCAUAAAGGUUUCUACCUGGUGAUGAGACACGGGCCAUACCUCACGCUCACAGGCGGCUUCCUCUUCAUAACCGUGGCCAUACAGCUGGUCCAGAGCAAUUUCAUCCUGUUCUGUAUGUAUGCUGCUGAUUUAAGAGAUCACUUCCAGAACAUCGUGUUAACGAUCCUGCUGUCGGCGGCCAUCAGCAUCCCCUUUUGGCAGUGGUUUCUCCAGAGGUUCGGGAAGAAGACAGCCGCUUACUGCGGCAUCUCGUCCAUCAUCCCCUUCAUCAUCUUGCUGGUCCUUACCCCCCACCUCACCGUGGCCUACGUGGUCGCCGUCUCGUCUGGCCUCAGCGUGGCCGCAUCCUUGCUGUUGCCAUGGUCAAUGCUACCAGAUGUGGUUGAUGACUUCAGGCUGAUGAAUCCCUUCUCCAAGGGGCACGAGGCCAUUUUCUACUCCUUCUAUGUUUUCUUCACCAAGUUUGCUGCAGGAAUUUCACUCGGAGUCUCUACGCUAUGUCUCGAGUUUGCGGGAUAUUUGCCCAGAGUGUGUCAACAGCACCCCCUGGUGGCCUACACACUAAAGUUGCUGAUUGGGAUGGCACCUGUCGCCUUCAUUAUCAUGGGGCUGGUGCUUCUCCUCCUCUACCCGAUCAACGAGAAAGUGCGGCUUAGGAACAAGUUCGCUCUCGCCGAGCUCAGAAAACAGAGCCUCAGCUCGAGAAUUCAGACAGAAGAUCUGAACCACCUGGGAAGCCAUCACCUGUAACAUUGCAACCAUCUUCCAGAUCGACUGGAUGGAGCAUUAUUAGUGUAUAUUACACUGUGUAAACUUGACAUUGUAUGUUAUAUUCGUUUCGGUUGUGAUUUCAUGUACACUUGUAACUUAAAUCCAUAUACAUAAUAUAUAUAUAUAUAAAUAUAUACACACAAAUAAUGUAUUUAAUGUAUAUUUUUCCUCAAAAUAAAAUGUAUUACUGGAUUAUAAACACGAUUAUUUAUUAGUAACAGUGAAUAUAUUUAAUGAUCAAUAAAUGCUGUUUGAGUAUCAA